AUGCUUUUCGCCGAGGACGACAAACUCGUUUUCCGCUUUGACGACCAUAUCUUGUGGAUUCAACCAUGGGGGGAAAACGCCUUCCGCGUACGAGCAACAAGACAAGCCUCAAUGCCAACUGAGGACUGGGCUCUGUCUUCUAAGCCGCCCACUCCAAGUCCAACUAUCAAAACAUCCGACCAGGAAGCAAGUAUCACCAAUGGUGCAAUCACAGCCACCGUCUCCCGCCGCGGAAAGCUCAUCAUCUAUGACUCGAACGGUAACAGACUCCUCGAGGAAUAUGCCCGCCACCGACAAGACCCCAUGGACCCAAAAUGCAGCGCCUUGACGGUGGAAGCGCGCGAGCUGCGUCCAAUCCUAGGCGGCGAUUACCACCUCACGAUGAGAUUCGAGUCCCUCAAUCCAAGGGAAAAGAUCUUUGGCAUGGGCCAGUACCAACAGCCCUACCUCAAUCUCAAGGGGUCGGAUCUCGAGCUAGCCCAUCGCAACUCCCAAGCCAGCGUUCCUUUCGCGGUAUCUUCCCUUGGAUACGGAUUACUUUGGAACAACCCUGGUCUUGGUCGGGCAGUUUUAGGAACCAAUGUCAUGAGCUUUGAGGCCUUCUCUACCAAGGCAUUGGAUUACUGGAUUGUAGCGGGUGACAACCCGGCCGAAAUCGAAGAGGCAUAUGCCAAAGUGACGGGUUAUGUUCCCAUGAUGCCGGAAUACGGCCUUGGCUUCUGGCAAUGCAAGCUCCGUUACUGGAAUCAGGAGCAGCUGCUUAAUGUUGCCCGGGAGUACCGACGUCGGGAUGUGCCUUUGGACCUGAUUGUGGUUGAUUUUUUCCAUUGGAAACAUCAGGGUGAAUGGAGCUUCGAUCCAGAAUUCUGGCCUAACCCUGCCAUGAUCAAGGAACUCAAGGAGCUCAAAGUCGAACUCAUGGUCUCCGUCUGGCCAACAGUGGAGAACGCAUCUGAGAACUUCCCCGAAAUGCUCGAGAAAGGGCUCCUGAUCCGCCACGACCGCGGGAUGCGAGUGGCAAUGCAAUGCGACGGGGAUGUUACGCACUUCGACGCCACGAAUCCCUCAGCCCGAGAAUUCAUCUGGGCUAAAGUCAAGAAGAACUACUACGACAAGGGCAUCAAAGUAUUCUGGCUUGACGAAGCUGAGCCAGAAUAUUCUAUCUACGACUUCGAUAUCUACCGCUACCACGCUGGUAGCAAUCUUCAGAUCGGUAACAUCUACCCUAAAGAAUACGCACGCGGAUUCUACGAAGGCAUGACAGCCGCGGGCCAAGACAACGUCGUCAACCUGCUCCGCUGCGCAUGGGCGGGUAGCCAGAAAUACGGUGCGCUAGUAUGGAGCGGCGACAUCGCGUCGUCGUGGAGCUCGUUCCGCAAUCAACUCGCGGCCGGCUUGAACAUGGGACUUGCGGGCAUUCCGUGGUGGACGACUGAUAUCGGAGGCUUCCAUGGUGGGAAUCCCGAUGAUCCUGCCUUCCGCGAGCUGUUCACCAGAUGGUUCCAAUGGGGUGCGUUCUGUCCGGUCAUGAGGCUUCAUGGGGAUCGAGAACCCAAACCGGAGGGUCAGCCUACGGCUAGCGGUGCGGAUAAUGAGGUUUGGUCAUAUGGAGAGGAGGUGUAUGGAAUCUGUAAGAAGUAUAUUAGGAUGAGAGAGGAGAUGAGAAGAUAUACGCGCGAGUUGAUGCGCGAAGCUCACGAGAAAGGAACGCCAGUGAUGAGGACUCUGUUCUACGAGUUCCCAAAGGAUGAGAAGGCUUGGGACGUUGAGACGCAGUACAUGUUUGGAGCCAAAUACCUGGUUGCGCCUGUCUUGGAGCCAGAGCAGCGUACAAUGAGGGUCUAUCUGCCAGCUGGGGCAUCAUGGAAACUAUGGGAUGGGACCCAGGUCUAUGACGGAGGAAAGGAGAUUGUGGUUGACUGUCCAAUUGAUAGUAUGCCCGUCCUUGUUCGUCAGUAG